AGCUGCCUAGCAUAAGUACCUGCCCGAUUUGGGUGAGUCAGUGCCCGACUCCUGACACCGCGGGAGUUGCGAGCCCAGCCGGCCCCGCUGUGGUCCCUCUAGAGGGCAAUGCUGCCCGUUCCAUCCCGCCCCGCUGAGCCCGGGCCAGCCCGCAGGAACCCGCAGUAAAUAUGAGACCCCAUACACCUGGCUGUCCGCAGGAACAAGCACCCUUCCAGCAAAGGCUGGAACCGCACUCAGGUUAAGACAUCGCACUGUAUUCCAGAAAACAGCCGCUUGUCUCUGGGCUGCCUUGCAAGAGGAGACACCUCCCCUGCCGGCUGCACACAGUGUGGCCAGCAGCACAGGAAUGCCUGAAAGUCAGCCCAAGAGCAGCAGAAAGAGGCCUGGUUACCGGUGUGGGCUUGUCUUUUUGCACAAGGGGCUUGUUUUCUGAUUAGAGUCUUAACACAAAACGAAUAUAAGUUUCAAGGAAUUGGCUCCACACCCCACUGUUUCUCAUCUCCUUUCCUUCCAGGCUCCGUGACUCUUGCAUCUGGCUGCAAGGUGGCCUACUUUCAAGAUGUGGUGAGGUGAUAGACGAUGUACUAGUGCCAUAGCAAUACUUUUUACAGAGUGAAACUGCCAAAAUUAGUUCCUGCUGAAAUUGCUUUUGACAUCUCAUGCCACAUCUCUGCCUACUGAGUGCUGUAGGCCAUUGCAAAGAUCUACGAGAAAGAAGGUUUCGAGUUGGAUUCUUGCUUAUCCCAAAUGUUUGCAGCAGGAAGCAAAAGGGCUUCCAAAUUUAGGUUCAUUCUUCUGUUCCUUGUCGUUGUAGCAAGCACCAGGUACAUGGAGCUGUUCUGAGUCCCAGCUCAGGGGCAUGGACUGCCAGCUCUGCCACCUCCCUGCCGGCCACCUUGGUUCCUCACCCCUGCCCAGGGGAAUCUCUAGCCAACUAGAUCCUUUGAACUAACUCAGAGAAGGCAUUCUCCGGGGACUGCUUCACCUUAGGGUUUCUACAAGUAAAGGUCUAGGGACCUGCCAUAGUCCACCCACAGAGAACUCCAGUCAAGUGCCAACAGUGCUUUCAGCUUCCCUGUGUUUCUGAGCACAUCGGUGUCGGUGGCAUCACUGAAGUCUCGCUGCAGUUUGGUCAAGUCAGUAAUGGCCCAUUGUAUUCGACAGCAGUGGUGAUUUUUUUACUGAAGAGUUCUCUUGCUAGAGUACCACUACUCCCCUCCCCGGUGACCUGGAAUUUUUCAGAGACUGCUGCAGUGUCACAGAGUGGCUUUUGAGCCAAAGGCACAAAGUGGGGGCAAGAUGAACAUUUCAAUAAAUGACGUGUGUAGCACAAGUUCAAAUGGUGAAAAGAAAUGGGACUUGUCUGGCUGGGAAGCCAAUCUAAGCUUGCUACCUGCAUUGCCUGGAGACAACUUGGCUCGCUCCCUUUCCAUUGAAUACUGUUAUUGCAACAAUAUGCUCUUGCUACUUUAUGCUUAGCUGAGGCCCUUCAGGUCUCCUCCUGGGCUUGAGUCCCUAGUAGCUACAAUGCCUCAGGCCAGCACUAUAGAGCAGAAAUGAGGUGGAGUUCAAACUGGCAAGGUAUUUUCUCAAGGGCUCUGAAUCUGAGUUUGGGAUUCCACUGGCUUGCUCUUGCCUUACGGUUGCCUUUCCUUAGUCCCACUAAGUAAAGCAAUCAAGUAAAAUCCAGCUGAGCUCUAGCACUACCUAGCAGCUGGGCCAGGUGUUAAAACACGGUACGGUUUAAGAAAAGCCUCAAAUAUUCUUACAAUAAAGGGAGGGGACAAACUAUACUGUAAACUUCCGUGUUCAUAGCGCUAACAGGCUCAGAAAAGUUCGCGGGGAGUCCUCUUUAUCUCCAAAGAGAGAAUGAUGUGCUAACUGCAGAACACUUGUUAAAAAUGUAUCCUUCAUUGGAGUGACUCAUCCGAGGAGUUACAGUGCCGGUAGUUCCCGCUUUUAAGGGCUCCUUUUAACAGCUGUCGAUCAACAGCCAUAAUAAAAGGAGCAAAGUUAAAAUCAACAAACUAUUAUCUGUUAGGAUUAUUCAUGGAUAUGACACUGUAAACAUACCAAAAGUCCCAAAUGCUAAAUUUAGAAGAGCGGCAUAAGUGGAAGAACAGAAUUUUAGCGAACUGCUUCUAAAGAACGCGCCAAAAAUCUGAAAUGGUGAGGAUUUUUUAUUUUAAGAGGCACUCUUUUUAUUGUUCAGUUCAGAGGAAACAGCAUGUGACUAGGAAAGUGCUGAGCUAUUUAUGGGGCAGAAAAUUUAUCUGAGAUUUUUUCCAGUUAUUUCUCAGUUGACUUACACGUCUUUGUAUUGCUUUUGAAUUAAAAAAAAAAAAGUUUGAAAUAACAAAUGAAAAGUUUAUUUAUCUGUUACAUUCACAGCACUGCUCAGAGCUCACGAGUUCUACCUUCACACUGAGUUGCCACUCGCAUGGUGCAUAUUUGCCUUGUAACUUCUAUCGGAUACAUCCUCUGUGCUACACAGAAUCCAUCAUCCUUCAUGGCAGUAUCAGUCCUCACCUACUUACGUUAUAAUAAACACCUUUUAUAAACAUCUUUAGACUGAACUUCUUUUACUCUGGAGGAAAAAAAAAAAAAAAAGUAAAGCAAUUACAAUAUAAUUAGAGCACUUGGCUGUGUACUUUUAUUAACAGCAAAAUUAAUCUAUUUAUUAGGAACGGCAGCACUGGCCGAGUUCAUUGUGCAAGUAAAACAUUUCACGCAAAGCUGCCAAGUUCCAAAGGUAUGUUACAUAUAGCCAAAAAACAGAACUGCCAGAACUGGCCGUAGGUUACAAAACCAGACUUUGCUCUCCUACAUUUUAUUUUCUAAUCUUUGGGAAAUAGUUUGGUUUUCUACACACAGUUAGUGGAAAGGGCACGUAUGAUUUGGCAGACUAAUGUAAUGUCUUAUGUGCUUCUGUCAAUUUCAGGGAAGAUAAAAUCUACAAGGAUACUUAAUUAAAAAAGAAUGCAAUGUCUGUUUUAUAAAUCACUGCUGCCAUCUGCCCCCCAAACGCGGAGCAUGGAAGCGGUCUUGUGUUUAACCAGCGUGGGAAAAACCCUGGAUCUGAAUUAAACCAACUUACUGAAAUAACUUUUUUUUCUUUUUCUUUUUUUUUUUUUUUUUUUCUAAGUACAGUCUUAAGCUUAACGCAGCACCAAACACCGGCGUUUCUUACUUGGCGCUGUGCACAGAGACCCGCGUUAAGGUCACAUAAGGCGGGCGGGCAGUGCUCCCACGGGUGCCGCCAGCUCCGGGGGCCGGAGCCUGCCGGGCCGGGCCGGGGCUGCGUGCGGGUGCCCCAGCCCGUGUGUGCGAGGAGCUCUCGGCGCGCUCCCCAGCUCCGCCCGCAGGGCUGCCCCGAGCUGACCCGCGGGCACGGCGGCGUGGGGACGGAUUUACGGGAUCGGUGCGCCUGCGGCCGGGGUCUUGGGAGCUGCCGGGCGGUCCCUCGGCCGGCGCGGCCGGAGCCGGCUCUGCCCGGGGAUGACCCGGAUCGCCCCGGUGUUGUCGCAGCCCGCGGGACGCGCGUGGCGGUGAGAUAGAAGAUGAAUUCAGCUGAAAUCACUGAUGAUGAUGAAGUAAAAAUUCCUAAAAAAAAUGUGAAAGUAGAAACAGAAAAUGAAGAUGAAGCUCUAGACUGCUCAGUAACUUCCAGAUCUGCAGAGAAACACUCACUGGAUGGUGCAGUGACUUGCCUGCAGGAUUCCAACAAACGGAAACAGACCUCCCUUGGCUGUGAUGGGUCAGGAGGCCAGCAGGAUGCCUUACCCAGUGUGAAGAAGAGACGCUUUACACAAGAGGGAUCCCUUUCAAACAUGAGGAACAGAGAUGCUGGCUCACCCACUCAGGUAAAUGCAGAGCAGCCAAGCAAGAACAGGAAUUCUAAUGUAACAUGGCUCUGUGAAGAAGAAUCCUUCAGUGACAUAAUCACUCCAUCUUAUAAAAAACCUCUCUACGGCAUCUCACACAAAAUCACAGAGAAGAAGAACCCACCAGGAGCAGAGCAGUUUGCUUCUUACGAGUUGUUUGAAAAAAUCAACCCCAGCAGUCCCUCGCAAAUUCGGACUUUGAAUGAUCAACGCAAAAGAGACUCGGCCACGGCCAUUGCAGUAACAGCAGCCACAGCAGAUUCAGAAUCAAAUAUAUAUUCUUUGAUACAGAAAAUGUUUUACACGCUGAACACCCUCAAUACCAAUAUGACUCAGCUUCACAGUAAAGUUGACCUGUUGUCUCUGGAGGUUAGCAGAAUUAAAAAGCAAGUCAGUCCAGCAGAGUCUGUUGCUGACUUCAAGCCUCCCCCGGAGUACCAGCUGACUUCUGCAGAACUCAAGCAAAUCAUGGAUCAAAGCACAUCAGGUGGAGACCUGGCUUGCCGGUUGCUCGUGCAGCUCUUUCCAGAGCUCUUCAGUGAUGACGAAUUCGGCAGGAGCUGCAGCGCAUGUGGCUUUCUCAACAAAAGGAAACUUGAAUCUCUUCAUCUGCAGCUUAUUCGUAACUAUGUGGAAGUUUGUUACCCUUCUGUGAAAAAUACAGCUGUGUGGCAGUUGGAGUGCUUGCCUCAAGUCAAUGAUUUUUUCAACAGAUUUUGGGCUCAAAGGGAAAUGGAAAACAGUCAGCAGAAUGUGCAAUCAUCCAGUUUUUAUGAGACUGAGCAGGUCGAAUCCUCUCAUUUUAUGGAGGAUAAAGAGCAGGAAGAAGCUUUGUCCUUGGACAGGAGUAAUGUCAUUGCCUCAGAUUACAUGCUGGAUGCUCAAGAUCUCAAUGAAUUUUUAGAUGAAGCUUCCUCACCAGGGGAGUUUUCUGUUUUUUUGUUACACAGACUGUUUCCAGAACUCUUUGACCACAGAAAAUUAGCUGAAAGGUACAGCUGCUUUGGAGACUCUGGAAAACAACUGCUGGAUCCUCAUCGGCUUCAAAUAAUCCGUAGGUACACUGAAAUUUACUUUCCAGAUGUGCAAGAAGAAGAAGCCUGGUUGCAGCAGUGUGUUCAGCGAAUAAAUGAUGAGCUUGAAAGUACGUAUAUGGAUGGAAGUGAAUGUGACCAGAUGAGAGAUGACUGUUACGAUUCUUCUAGUUUACCAGAUGAUGUAUCAAUCAUAAAAGUGGAAGACAGUUUUGAAUAUGAAAAGCCUGGAAGACGGUCAAAAAAAAUUUGGCUUGUACCCAUAGAUUUUGACAAACUUGACUUUCCCCCUCCUGAUUUUGAUGUCCCUGUUCCAGAUUACCUGUUGAACAAAGAACAGAUUAAAAGCAUAUAUGAAAGCAGUCUUUCCAUAGGCAACUUUGCCUCUCGAUUACUUGUUCUCUUAUUUCCUGAAUUGUUUACUCAUGAAAACUUACGGAAGCAAUACAACUGUAGUGGAUCUUUAGGCAAGAAACAGCUCGACCCCACUAGAAUUAAAUUAAUUCGACAUUAUGUGCAGAUACUGUACCCCAGAGCAAAGAAUGACAGAGUGUGGACAUUGGAAUUUGUUGGGAAGCUUGACGAGAGGUGUCGACGAAGAGACACGGAGCAAAGGCGCUCGUACCAACAGCAACGGAAAAUCCACGUGCCAGGUCCCGACAGGAGGGAAUUUCUCACCUAUGCAAUAAACCCUGAGAGAUUUCGGGAAGAAUUUGAAGGGCCGCCACUGCCACCAGAAAGAAGUAGCAAGGAUUUUUGCAAGAUACCACUUGAUGAACUUGUUGUUCCUAAUCCAGACUUCCCUGUGCCUUCUCUGUAUUUGCUGUCAGAUAAGGAGAUAAGAGAGAUAGUGCAGCAGAGCCUGUCGGUCGGCAACUUUGCUGCCAGGCUUCUCGUAAGACUCUUUCCUGAACUCUUUACUCCGGAGAAUCUGAGACUGCAGUACAACCAUUCAGGUGCUUGUAAUAAAAAACAGCUUGAUCCCAUCAGGCUGAGACUGAUCCGUCAUUAUGUGGAGGCAGUUUAUCCUGUGGAGAAAAUGGAAGAAGUGUGGCAUUAUGAAUGUAUACCGAGCAUCGAUGAAAGGUGCCGGCGUCCUAACAGGAAAAAGUGUGAUAUACUGAAAAAAGCUAAGAAAGCGAAAAAAGUGACAGGCUCCUUAAACUGCUAAGACUUUGACCACUAAAUUAUUGUCAAGAGUAUGCUUUGGUUUAGACUGAAGGGCCUGUUGGGAGCUGAGGGUUCUCAGCACGUGAGACAGUCAGGCACUAAAUUUGUUGCAUUUCAGUGUGUGUGUUGCAUUUCUGUUGUCAUCGCAGCAGUGGGAAGUGGCUGACUGGAUUUGUACAUGGGUAAAGACCAUCAGUGAUAGCUAUCAAUGACUCGCUAAGAGCUUGAUAUUCACUGGUGCAAAUACAUGUAUUGAAACUAUUGCUCCACUCCCCAUUUCUGCAUCUUUCUUUUCUAUCACUUUCUAAUAAUAAAGAAUUUUUUGUUAAUGGCUGUGCUCUUCAAGAGCAGUUUUUCAUUAUACCGUUAUAAACAGUAUUUUUAAUUAAUUCGGAUUUUGAAAUGUGUAGACUAAGUUCAAUUUAAAUUUGAAAGUGCCAUUUUCAUUGGAAAUCAUUGGAAUAUUAGACUUUGCUUCUACAGUAACUGCAGCUUCACACUUGCUCUUGAUGAUAUUGAGGUACUGAAAGUUAAUAUACUGUGUCAAAGAGUGGGUCAGAAUGGUGUCAUUUGCAUUUUUGACUGUUACAUUGGUUUUAUUUCUAAAAUUGAGAGUUUCUUGUUGAGGACUUGAGACUUGAGCAUAGACACCAUGUGAAUGGGGUUUUUUUUUGUAUUGACACCACAAGCUUUAUCCUGCCCCUGUGAGUUCUGUUAUUGUUUUGUCCAGUGUAACUGCUGGAGUAACUGAGCACUGCUCGUCUUGAGUAAAGCUAGCAGAACAGACCCAAGCCUAUACCCAUGGAAUGUCUUCCCAUCACCUGCUUGCCACCCCGUUUGUAAAAUAGCAAAAGCAAUGGCAACAACAAAAAUACCUGAAAUGAGAACUUUAAAAAAUGUAGACCUUACUUUCUAUCGAAAUCACGAUUCCAAAGGUUUCCAGUGUUGAUAUUGAAUUGCAUAUAUAAAAAGUAUGUGCAAAGAUUGGUUUUGUGGUGAAAUCCAGUGUUUCAGGGUCCCAGCAUAUGAGCUGUGGUAAUGUAACUCAUUCUUUCUAUGAAUGCAGCAGCAUCUGGAUAUUUUGGGUGUAGGGAUAUGGAACUCCCUCACUUUGCCAAAUUGUUUUUGUGUAAUUAGUAGCUUUGGAGACAUAACUGUGUACGUAUAACUUAGGUUCGUAUGGUCAAGUUUGCAUCAUUAAUAUGUUCAGGUGUAACAAAGACCACCCAGAACCCAAUAUGAUUUUGCUGUAUGACUUGUCACUGGAGAGUGCUGCUUUAAAACUAGUUUUCUCUUUUUUUAAAAAAAAUUAAUACUAAUAGAAAUGAUUAGAGAGAGUCAAAUGUGGAUUCUUAAUACAGUAAAGACAGUGAUUGCCUAGAGAGCAUCACUGGAACACCUUGGCUCAAUUGUUGAUGUUCUCUGUGUUCCUUUUCUGUUGUUUACUUAGAUGGGUCAUAGCAAAUUUUAAGUCAGUUCCAGUGUAAUUUUCUAUUUUAGCAUUUGUAAGGAAGUACAAAAUAUUCGAUAUUUUUACUUCAGGUUUUUAGAAUUUAUUGUUCUUAGACUCAUAUUGAUCCCUUUAAAAGGAAAACAACAUGGUUUUUCCUGAUGGCAAGAACUAGUAAACGUAUUGUGUUAAACUGGGAGUGAAUCAUAGUUAGUAGCAUUUGCUCAUUUUGCCCAUAUGCUAGAAACAUUCUCAGAGAAUGUAUGAAAAAAGUCAUGAAUGUACUAAAUAACACAUUGAUACUGUUUAUAUCCAUUUAAAUGUUUCCUGUUGGUUUAAGUAAUACCAGACCAUACUCCAAAUGGAUAUCAGAGCAAAUACGGCUAUAAUAAAUCGAAAUCAUUUUACCAAAGAUAAAGAACUGAUACACAAUGUCUGCAUCUGUUCAUUUUAGUGCAUACAUUUAUCAAAUUGAAUGUAUCAGAAACCAAGACUCUCUUGUCAUUGUAUGCUACCUAGAAACUCUGUGAAUUUUUUUCUACAUGCACUUUCAUGGGAUAUAUAAAAUAACAGAAGAUCUUAACAGCUGCUUAAUUUGUGGUUGCAAAUGGCUGGCCAAAAGGUAAGAAAUACAAUUUUAUUUUCUUAUCUUAAUGUCAUACAUUUCACCACUUAGUGAUGUCAAAGCUCCCAGAAGAAUUCAAUAUAUGUUGAGCUUUUUUACAAGGGAUAGGUGUUACUAGCUAGCAUGCAAAUUUGAGACAUACUGGCUUUUACUGUAGAUGUUGAUAUUAAGUCAAAAAAUCAGUCAAUUGAUAUUAUCUGAAAGGUAGUGAAAAAAUCAGUUUGACAACUUUGACCAUAAAAAUGAUAAUUUUUGAAACUGGGUAUAAAAAUAUUUUGGUUGUGGUUUUUUCUCUUCUUAUUGCUGUGUACAUUCCUUUUGUCCAACUCUUCACAACCCUUUCAUGAUUCAUUUGAUUGUAUGAUUUAUAACUGAUAUCAAGAAAAUACAGACAUAAAAACAGUGGCAUAGUUCACUAACAAAAGCUCUUGCAGUGCAUCUGAAGUACACCCACUUCAUCCAGUUGGUCAGUCUUGUAAAUAUAUUAAAGGUAUAUUAUUUUCAUACAA